UGUAUUUUGGCCCCCAGUCCGCGCGCGGUUUUUUCGUUGGCAUUGUUUUUGUGCAAGGAAGGGUGCUAUAAUUUCUUGUUUUUUUCUGCUUUUUUGCGUUAUUUCUGCGACGAUUUUGCUCAGUUUGUGUUCAUUGAAACGGUAAGUUAUACUAUAAAGAUAAUUUGAAAUGAAAGUGGCAUUAAAAGCGAUAUUUUGGUGCAAAACAAAUAUUUAAAUUCAGGCAGCUAUACACACUGGUAUAAAAAAUACUGUAAUAAAAAUACUACGUGUUAAUCAAUAAAAUCCUUACGUUUUCCUGGCAAGCAAAAGUUUGUAAAUGUUAGGAGAGAUUCGUAGGUGUGAUAUUUAUUGUAGAAUCACAAUGGGGAGCUAUUUCUUGUAUAAAUAUUUGCAGUUUGCCUGCCUGGUAAUAUUGCAUAUUCAAAUACAAAUUUUUUUUUAUUUUAUCAAUUUCAACUUAGCUUUGCCUAAAAUGUUCCAAACGUCAUUCCUAACUUUGCAAUUCUAUUGGGUUUGCUUUGAUUCAUGGACGAGUCAUAGGCUUUGUUUACAAACAUACUUGUGAUUUUGAACUUUGCAAUGAAGCAAUCUCGUACCUAGAGCCAUUGAAUCCAAUGAGCAUUUAAAUUUCUCGAGGGGGGGUGAAAAUUUUUUGUCGGAGUGCAAGUUUUUUGUGGGGUGUGCUAUACAGUCUAAUUUUACCAAUUAUCUAGACCAUGCAAAGGUUACUUCGCAUACCGAGGUUGUUAUCUCACGGUCACCAAGCGACCAGAACAUAUCUGAGAGCAGCUUCACUUCAAGUCACCCAAACACUCCCCACCCAGCACACAACACCCCACUCCCCUCGCUAUAUCUCGACCACACCUACCCAUGCAAACCCAAACCCCAAGGAGCUCCACGAUGCAUGGGGGAAACCAAGCUUCGACAUUAAAGAAAUGAAACACGUCCUUGACCAUGACAACCACGAAAUGCGUGACAGUUGCCGAGAAUUUCUGUCGGGUGACCUCAUGAAACCCAAAUACAACAUCUCCAUUGAUGAGGAACGAGAUUUAGCUUUGAAAAGGCUUCAAGCGAUGUGCGAUAAUGACUAUAUCUCCGUUCUGGACUUUCGUAACAAUCCUUGGCGUAUUUUUGCCGCACACGAACUCUCGGCUGUGGUCGACCCGGCAAUGACGACGAAAAUGACAGUUCAGUUUAAUUUGUUUGGUGGUACAGUAUUGAAAUUGGGCACUGAACGACAUCAUGAAAUGUUACUGCCAGGUAUUGAUAGUAUUAUAAACUAAACACUGCACAGAGGAGGGGUUAGACUUGGAUCAAGUCAGUCUCUCAAGAGUCUGAGGGAUUGAGCGUGCGGAGUCUCAUUGUUUCGCGACUCGGACUCUGGAGAGACGGACUUGAUCCAAGUCUAAGGAGGGAUUGGUGCAGGCAUUUUAUAAUUUGGCAGCAUUUGCUUCAAUGUUUUGCUUUAUACAUUCCUUAAAAAGUUCCUAACUUCCUGUUUAAUUGGCCAAUGAAACGGGAAGUUAGGAACUUUUUAAGAAACUUAUCAAAUUGUUGAGGAAUUGUUUAGAGGAACUCCUCAAAGUUAGGAAAUGAACUGGUCAACAUUUUUCGGAACGCUUCUAUUGGCACGACUGUAAUUCUUGGUUGGCAAUUGAGUUUUCAGCUUACUAAUACCAUGUACAUUAACAGAUAAACCAUUUGUACCAAAAAUCCUUCCUGAAACAUAAAAAGGGGGCUAGAUUACAAAAACUUUUUUUUAUCAACUAUAUUUUCUCAUAUUCUUAAUGCACCAAGGUAUCGACACGUUAAAAGAUGUGGGUUGUUUUGGCCUCACCGAACUUGGCUACGGUAACAAUGCAGUUGAAAUGGAGACGACAGCCACGUACGACAAACAGACUCAGGAAUUCAUCGUGAACACACCCACGACACUUGCUCAGAAAUAUUGGAUCACUAAUGGUGCCCUUCAUGCUCAACAUUGUGUCGUGUUUGCUCAGUUGAAGAUUGAUGAUCAAAACCAUGGUAGGUAGGGGUUUGUUUGUUCAAGUAUUCUGCCCUUGAAAACGAGCUCGGCAUCCGGCAAUGCCAACCUAAAAACCAACCUGUCAACGUUCCAGGUCAGCAAUUCGCCAUAAUAAAAAAGAUGUCGGCAUGUCGAUCUACCUACAAUCCUUUGCGUGCAGCAAGCAUAAAUCCGAAAAAAAGAGUGACAAGAAAAACAGACAAUGAGAUGAAACUUUAACAGAUAGGAAUAACUGACGUCUUGUCUCUUGUGUGUUAUUUAAAAAACGUUUAACUGUUGUUUUAAAUCAUUUCCGACUGCAAUGCAUUGUGGGUAGAUCGACAGCCGCCAUCUUUUUUAUUAAGGCAAAUUUUUUGCCAACCUCAAUUCAGUUCUUCCCAGUAGAACUAUCAUUUUUCAGUUGCCGCCAGCAGUUCUUCAAUAAGGCAUCUCCUUGAAGCUUACUAGGUCUUACAAUUGCGACACCAGACGGUACCUUGUUCCACGGUGGGCACAAAAGACAGCAAAUUCGGCCACGUACAAAUAACUUUCUGUCGUUAGUUUGGAAUAUCACGAAACUUCCUCACAGGAUAGAACUUGCAAUUCCUAAAAAUCGUAUCGAUUUUGUUUUUCGAUUUUGUUACAUUUUGGCGGGAAAAUGACGUGCCAACUUUGGCGCAAAAAAAAUAAACACGAGCUAAGAACAUUCUAGUAACUUUUUUGAAGAGAUUGUCCUAUAAGGAUCUCAAAACUGUAAAAACAUUAAAAAUACAACAAGGCAGUGCGAAGAUAUGGCGAUUCAAAAUUCGAAAAAAAUCUAUUUUUAGUAACAAAAUGGCGGAUUUUUCAGAAUUUUAAGCACCAUAUCUUUGCCCUGCUUUGGCGUAUUUUCAAUAUUUUUACAGUUUUGGGAUCCUUAUAGGACAGUCUCUUCAAAAAAGUUACUAGAAUGUUCUUAGCUCGUGUUUAUUUUUCUGGCGCCAAAGUUGGCACGUCAUUUUCCCACCAAAAUGUAACAAAAUCGAAAAACAAAAUCGAUACGAUUUUUAGGAAUGGUAGGUAGGUAGGUAGGUAGGUAAUACUUUAUUUAAAAUUAACGGAAAGAAGAACACGCUAGCCCCAUCAACUCUAGGCUGGUUUCCAUGGGGGGCGUGUUUAGAUCUUAAAAAUCAUUAAAAGGAAAAUUUAAACUAAAUAUUAGUACACACAUACUGUACACGUUACUAUAUACAAAUAAUUAGGAAGCAUGUCGCUGUCCAACAAUUGAUUUAAACGAAUGAGGCGACUCGGCCAAUUUUGCUUCGUUUGGGAGUUGAUUCCAGAGCAUAGCGCCGCUAUAUUUAAAACUUUUUUUAAGAAAUUCUCGUUUCGGUUUAGGAAUUGUUGGAUCAGUUGCUGUGUUUCGAAGAUGAUAAUUAGUUUGAUCUAUUUCUCUUCUCACGAAUGACCCCCGGAGACCUGGCGCAGUGUGGUCGUUAAGUAUUUUAUACAUUAAUACUGACUUGGCACCAGACCGCCUAUUUUCAAGUGUAUCCCAAGAAAGCAUGUUGAGAAGAUCAGCUGAGCGAGUAUCAUAAUUAGCACCCGUUAGGACUUUUGCUGCACGAGACUGAAAUCUUUGCAACUUGUCUCUUAGCAACUUACCACAAGUGUCCCAAAGGGGGAACAAUAAUCAAAGUAGGGCUGCACAAGACUUUUAUAAAUCGAUUCUAAGGUAUGCAUUGGAACAAAGGGCUUUAUACGUUUCAUAGCGCCAAUAGCAGCGCUCGCCUUCUUGCAUAUCAUUUCAAUGUGACUAUCCCAAUUAAGGGUUUCAUCUAGUUUUACUCCUAGGCACAUUUGUGUAGCAAUUCGUGAUAUGGGUUUUGCAUUAGCCACAACGGGUUCCUCACACAUUAUAUUAUUAAGAUUAUACGGGGAGCCAAUAAACAUCAUUUUACAUUUUGAUGGAUGCAUCUGCAGCCUAUUUUCUUUAAGCCAGUUACAGACAUGGGCAAGAUCUGAAUUUAAAUUUACAACAAGUUCAUUUGCAUCGUAGGAAGAUGAAAAGAUUUGAGUAUCAUCCGCGUACAUGCAUGGAUUAGUUGAUUUCAAACAAUCGGGCAAAUCAUUAAUAUAUAAUAGGAACAGCAGUGGUCCCAGUAUAGAUCCCUGGGGCACUCCACAGGUGAUAAUUUUAUUACUAGAUAAUUCUCCAUUAACAUUACAUUGCUGUUCUCUAUUUGUUAAAUAUGACUCAAACCAUUUUAAUUCUACGCCAAAAAUUCCAAAUUGCUCAUUCAUUUUAUUUAACAAAAUGCGAUGGUUUAUAGAGUCAAAUGCCUUUUUGAUAUCUAUGAACACAACCCCAUUCAACUUUCCAUUGUCCAUAUUUUCUAGCCACUCAUCACACAUUUGGAUGAGGGCAGUUACAGUUGAAUGCUUUGGACGAAAUCCAGAUUGAAACUUUGACAGAAGAGAGCUUUCAGACAAGUAUCUAUAUACUUGACGGAAAACUUCCUUCUCAAAGGCUUUACUCACCACCGGUAAAAUUGAAAUAGGCCGAUAGUUCUCACAUUGUCUUUUAUCCCCGGAUUUAAAUAUUGGCGUAACACGAGCACGCUUCCAUUCAUCUAUAUAUACGCCUGUUGCAAGCGACAGAUUGAAGAUGAAUGUCAACGAGGGUGCAAUUAUGUUUGCAGAUAAUUUUAGAAUUUUAGCAGGAAUUUUAUCAAGACCUGUUGCUUUACAUGCUUUUAGGCCUCUUAGGGUCGAGGCAACACUAUCAACGGAUAUUGGAGAUACUUUAAAAAAAGUAUCUAAGGAUUGAUUAAUAUUAUAGUUUAUGGGCUGAUUAUCACCAUUACUACAGGACUCGUCUACAUAUUCUGCUGCUAGCCUCGACCCAAUACUAAUGAAAUAGUCAUUAAAUGCAUCUGCAAUAGAUUUAGGAUCCGAAACUAACGUGCUGUCAACCAGCAACUCAUUCACAUUGUUGGAAUUGUUAUUCUUUCCCAAUAAUGAAUUAAUUAAUUUCCAAGUCUUUUUAGGGUCAUUCAUUACAGAGCAAUCAGUGAUUUUAUCAUGAAAAUAUUUUGAUUUUACAUUUCGCAUUUCAACAUUCACUUUAUUCCUCAGAAAUUGAAAACUUUCCCAAUGUGGCUGUGAGGAAUGUUUUAUUGCAUAUUUUUUAUGAUAGUCUCUGUUUCUCAUCAUACAUUUAAUUUCCGGAGUAAUCCAUGGGACCGAGUUCCCCUUUACUCGCUUAUGUCGAAUCGGCGCAUGUAUAUUUAAUAUCUCAUCUAUCUAUCCUAACUCAAAACUAAACCGUGGCCCUAAUACUAUCCCUAACCUAACCUAAACCCUAACCUAACCCUAACUUAUUUUGAAAAUUGAUAUAAAAACGGAAACCUUAUUUUGAAGUAUACUAUCUAGCAAUUUCCCAGGAUGAAUGUCUCUCAUAAGCGCACUGGCAAGGAAUAUGGCGUCAGCAUUUUGAUGAUGAAUUACAGUUACGCCAAAAUCAUAGGAAAAACCAAGAAGUUGUCCUUCUGUUUGUUUCUAUUCUGUGGUUAUGUGUUCUGUAGGUAUUCACGGUGUGUUGGUAAGAAUCCGUGACGAUGAUCUCAAGAUAAUGCCUGGAGUGCGUGUCGAGGAUAUGGGGUAAGUACAUUGGGAGAACGCCCCGGGCAGAGCAAAAUACGACGUCAAAGAUUCAUCGGGGCUUCCACCGUGUCUGUGCCCGUGAUCAGACAAGAGUCAAUUAUAAGGUCAGCGUGUUAGCUAGCCCAUAUACUGUCCGUUUGACGGACUCUUCCCAAUUGAAGUAGCAAAGGGGCUUUCCCAACUGGGUCUACUAAAGAUUUUCAUUUUUUCUGAUGAGAAAGUGCAUUGCGUUUGAUUUUAUAUUAUUAUAUCAAAGAACGUUUUAUUUACUUUUUCCCACUGACUAUUUUCUCAAAAUGUAUCACGUUUCACUCAUAUUGGGUGUGUAUUCACUGAAAUGAAAUGUACAAAACAAAGUGUAAUCGGUGUGCAUCCGUGUUCAUUCACCGGAAAUGAAAUUCAAAUAUACAAAACGAAGUGCUAUCGGGUGCAUUUUUCAUUGUUCAUUCACCGGAAAUGGAAUGUAAAAAAACCAAGCUAGCUACCGUUGUUUGCAUCUAAGGAGAAACACGUUGGAAAAAACACUAUUUAUUUCAACACAAGAACUUUGAUCGGUCAAAAAAUCUUUCCCAAUUUACGUUUAACGGACAAAAAUUUUUUUCUGGCCAACACACUGAAGGUGGCUGCCAGAGGCGACCUUAGAAAGCCAGGACGAGCAAGAAUGAUUAGCACACCAGCACUGACCACAAAUUGAAGCAAAAUAUUUCAUUAGGCAUUGCGAGUUCUCGAAGACUGUUUUAAGACUCUUUCAUUAACAUUGCUUUACGUAAUAUUUCAAAUUCGACUAUGAGGACUGGACUAGAUUUCAAGUGCGCGCAAUUUGAUCAAAAUGCGAAGACUUGAAAUCUAUUCCAGUCCGAGUUGGAGAAUUUGAAAUGACAUAUCAUACGAAAUUACGAUACAUCACUCUCAAUACAUCACUACUUAAAGUGAGGUGAAUUAAUUUUGAUCCAGUCCUAGGACUGGAUCAAUAUACUUCACCAGGUAUCCAGUAUUAUCAUGUGGGAAAAAUAAAGCAAUAUGGUUGGCUAAUGAGAAUUAUUAAUGAGUUUGAGAUCGUAUAUUUGCAGACAUAAAAUGGGCCUGAACGGUGUCGACAAUGCGAAGCUGUUCUUCGACAACGUACGCGUUCCUCGCGAGAAUCUCCUCAAUCGCUACUCCGACGUCAGCGAAGAUGGUUCCUUCCAGUCCUCUAUCAAAAGCGACCGCGCGCGGUUCUUGACAGUCGCUGACCAACUGCUCUCAGGGCGCAUAUGCAUCGCGAGUAUGUGUCAGGGCGCUGCCAAAGCCUCACUAACGAUCGCUACCCGAUAUGCGUCCACUCGGCUCACGGUCGGCCCCCGAGGGAAAUCCGACACUCCUAUCCUAAACUACCAGCUACAACAACGCGCCUUACUGCCGCUCUUCGCAAGGACCUAUGGGAUAAACUUCGGUCUGGACUAUGUCAAAGACCGCUGGGCAAAUCAAAAAGCUGACGGCUCAGAACAUCCCGAGAUCGUCACAAUGUGUUGCGUCAUCAAGCCGCUGGCUGCGUGGAAUAUUGGCGAGGUCGUGUCAAUCGCGCGCGAACGCUGCGGGGGGCAGGGUUUCCUGUCGUGUAACCGCUUCGGCACGUUCCUAGGCAACGCUCACGCGGCGAUGACCGCUGAGGGAGACAACAGCGUGCUCAUGCAGAAAGUCGCCAAAGAACGAUUAGCUGUUUUCAAACCUCAGACACUGGGGCAAAGCAGGGACGUAGAUUUGAAGGAUGUCGACUCCCUGCAUUUCUUGUUGCAGAAACGAGAAGAUUUACUCUUCAUGCAGUUAGGAAAGAAAUUACAAGCUGCCGGGAAAGAAGGUGAGCGUUUGAGGUUUUGUAAAAGGUGCUUGUUGAACGAAUUUUCCAAUUGAUGGUCACAGAAAUAUUCCUUUGUGAUCAUGCCGAAAAUUGCAUUCAUAGUUGCUCUGCGUUCGCCAUCUUGGACUUGACAUUUUUUGAAUAAUUUUAAAUUAAUUAUGCAAAAUAUUGCCUACGUAACUGUACCGCAUUAGUGUUGAUUGAUCGCAGACUGUUUCUCCGCCGCUCCAGGGGGGGGUGGGGGGGUCCGCUGAGAUCAGUCUUCUAUCGCAGACUAGUGACACUAGCAUGGUAUAUUACCAAAAAGUUGUUUCGGCGUUGUUUUACAAAUACUGAACUUUUCAAAUUUGUUUUGUCGAUGUUCAAUAACUUUGUAAUAUUGGCUGGAAUGGGUUUUGUCCAAGAUUGUAGCUACGUAUGGAAACUAGCCAUAGCAACAGGUCAUGCUAUGCAAAUUUGUAAUGAUUUGCAUUAUUCAAAGCUUUAGAAAUGUAUGGUCCUUAACCUAUUUAGAUGCAAGUUUAUUGGCAUGGCAUGACCGGUUGGCUAGCUUCGCUUCAUACAUCAUAUUUGUACUUUAGGUUUGUUUGAGACAUGGAUGUACCAGGCGAGCGACAAUAUCCAGGCUGCCGCCAGAGCGUUUGGUGACAGGUUGAUUAGCGAGAGAUUUUUGGCCGUCACCGAGAACGCGAGCGAAGAAAACAAAAAAAUUUUAAAUCUUCUUCAUCGCUUGUAUAUCAUGGAUGUUUUGGAAAAAGAUCUAGGAUGGUCCUUACUCGCUCAAGUACUGCCCGCCGCCGAAGCUGCUAAAGUGAAUGCAGAAGCCGCUGACCUCUGCGCACAGCUGGCUCCCGAUGCCAUGGCACUCUGUGAUGCCUUUGCUAUACCUGAUGAAAUGUUAUCCGCGCCCAUCGCAAGGGAUUGGGUCGAGUAUAAUGUCCAUGAUAACUUGGGAGAGUUGUAAAUGGUGAGAAAAUACAUUUCACAUUUAGUGAUGUCAUGUUAUAUUUAGUGACGUCACAUAUUUGAGUGACGUCAUGUGUUUAUAAGUGACGUAAUGUCUUUAGAAUAACGUUUGUUUUUAUGGGUGGCGGCGUUGUAUCUUUAUGCGUGACGUCAUGUCUUUAUGCGUGACGUAAUGUCUUUAUGAGUAACGUUUGUCUUUAUGGGUGACGUCGUAUCUUUUUGCGUGACGUCAUGUGUUAUGCGUGACGUCAUGUCUUUAUGAGUGACGCCAUUUCUUUAUUAGCGACGCAAUUCAAUAUUUAACUGAUUGAUUUUGUAAAACUAGAAGUAAGGAAAGCUGAUUACAUUUUUUAUUUUUUAGAUUGAUUCAUGAUGACUAUAGUACUUCAUAGUUACGAACGGAAACUUUAUGGUUUUUCACUGACAGUAAUUUAUCAGAAGGACAAGCACCGAGACUGGAAUACAGUUUAUGUUCAAUAUACGAGAGUGUUAUAUUCGUUGACCAUUGUAUAAUUUCUUUGUAUAGUAUGCAUUGUGAAUGCGUAGUUGAUUUUGAUAAUAAACCUUUGCACCCUGUCCGCGCUUUGUUAUGAUAGUUUCUUUUUGAUAGUUUCCAAUUUUUGGCUUGCCAACAUAUAACCACCUUAAAUUCCAUGCAAUAUUUAGCUUUA